CAAUGGCUUCAUCUACAAAUAACCAAUUGAUAUUAGUGCUAUUCUCAUUCUUACUUAUCCUCAAAACAUCAUCAUCUUUCGGAAACCACUCGUCCACCGAUGGGAUUUUACCAUUCGCACCUAAACAUGUCGUAGUUGUUAACAAAUUGACCUCACAAGCAAAGUUGAUCGCGCAUUGCACAAAUAAAAAAAAAGAUCUGGGGGUAAAAGAGCUAUUACCUGGAUCUAGCUUUGAUUUUAGGUUUCGUGUCAAUCUCCGUAAAACGACGAGAUACAUUUGCACUUUCGAGUGGCCCGGAAAUAAGGUAACAUUUGAUAUUUUCAGGGUAGAUAGAGAUGAUACUCCAAAAAGUGAAUUUGGAGUUUGUAGAGAAUGUAUUUGGUACAUUUAUGAACCAGCCCCUUGUCGUCUUGACCGCGAUGCAGGCAUUCCUUAUUGCUUUGAUUGGAAUUCUUAGGCCAUUCGUAUUAAGGAUUCUCAAGAAGAAUCUUUUAUUAGAAAUAAUAAUAUUUUAAUAAAAAGGUU